UUUUCAUUGUAUAGAAAUGAAUUAGGAAUUGAAUUUAUUUAUAUAAAUUAUUAAAAUAUCUUAUUCAAGGUAGAAACUAAUUGACUUUUUGUGAAUUGAGAAAAUUUGUCUAAAGAACAAUCAUUUUAUCUUAAAAAACAAAAACAAGAAAGAAAAACAAGAUAAAGAUAAACGAAAUCAUCACGUGUUUUUAGACAGCGAUUUGAGAAAAUAGUUCAAACAAGGAUUGAAAAAUUAUUCAGCUCAUUAAAAAGGCAACAAGUCGAACAAACAAACUUAAGAGGUUCGGUGUAUUUAACCUCCGCUUUGUUUGCUCGCCACAAACAACGGAUUUUUUUCCAUCCAAAAUUUUUUUUGACAGAGAUUUUAUUGCGUAACCAUAAACUAUCAUCAAUCUUUCCAGACAAUUGGAGAGCUACAAACAAUAGACUUAGAGAUAUAUAAAUGAGGAUAUGUAUGCUUAAUUGAUAAAGUUACAAUAAACAGACGUAAGGGCAGGACAACAGGAUGUCAGGCGUGAUUAAUAUCCGAAGAGAGUCGAUCUUGACAAACGUACUCCGUAUUUUAGUUCGUAGGCCUAUAUGAAGAUGCUCUUAGCGUUAUCUACAAACGGUAGAGAUAAGAUUUGUUGUGCCGCGGCCAUUAGGAGGGAAUUUCCUUAUCGGAUCCAUCGAAGGAACUGUAGUUUGGGAAAAGUGGUGGAAAUAAUCAAAAUAUAAACACUUUCUUUAAUCAUUGAAUUUGCGCAGACCUGUUUCUUCUGUCUUGUUACUUAUUAUUUUUAUACAAGUAAUAUUAAAGCUUAGGUUAUUAUCCUUUUAAAGGAAAAGCAGAAUAAAUUCAGCAGACAAAAAGAAUGAAGAUAAAUGAAAAACCGUUCUUGUUAAGAUACUUAAAAGCCGUGAAUAAUGAGAGUGAAUCAAUCACUCUAUUUUCCCUUUUAUAUUUACCUCCCUAAUGGCCGUAAUCACUAUAAUUUUUUUCCAAUUGAAGGUCAAUAAAAAAAAAAUCUUUGGUUGUGAUGUGCUUUUAGUGGUCUUUUUAGUCGUAUUCAAUCUAUUAAUCUAUGUAAAUUAGGGCGUGGUUAACUAAUUUCUCUAAAUGUUGUACAAAUCAGAAAAAAACCUUUUAAAAUCCAUUAGAUCCUCAUUUUCGGCAAUUUCUAAAUAACUUAAGUAUAAGGUAAAAUAGGCCAUAUUUUGUCCAAAUAGCUUUGUAAGCAUAGACUAAGAUAUUCAAUUUGGUCGGCUUAUGAAUAAUUUAUAAACUACUUGAGAUUGAGAAAAAAUAUAAGCCUGAUUCUCUCUUCUUCUCCUUCUUUCAUCUUGUUAAAAGUUAAUGAAUGAUAGCUAAAUUUCUAUUUAUUUCGAGUGGUUAAUGAUAGAACUUACUAGUUAAUGAUCUCUAAAGAUCGCAAUAUGAUUUUGUUAAAUAAGUUUAACUAGAGAAAAGAAAUAUAUAGACUCUUCUAACGAGCUAUCGAAUAUCCAUUUAAAUGUGACAAUUGAUCAAAAAGGGAAGAUACGAUCGGUAUAGAAAACGAUUGCCCGAAGCGGCAAUAAAAAACCAAUGCUAAUUAUUAAUCAUCCUUUUACGAUAGUAAUUUAAAUAGAUUUACAAGUUUAAUUUAUUCGUAUUAUGAAGCGGCCGACUUGUUUGAGUUUUGACUUAGGAUUUAUUAGACUAUUAAACAGCUAAUAAGUAUACGAUUCGUAUACAUUAAAAUGAAAUUUAAGGAGUUUUUAUCUAGUGCGCAGGCGCGAGAUUUUUCCUGAUCGUUGAUUGGUUGAGAAGUUUUUUUAGGCGUUUAGAGUGAAUCCCUCCGGUUGAGAACGGUUGAGUAUAGUCUUGUUUUUGUCUUUCAUCCGUUAGAGUGUCUGUAAUUAUUAAUGAGAUAUUCUCUAACCACUCUGGAAUAGGCCUAUAGGUAUAUCGGUAGUACUUUAGUACAAGUGCUAGCCUCUUACGCGCAAGAUAUCCAUAACCUAAGAGACUGUCAAUUACAAUUAUAAGCAAGAGACCACUUAAAGGAUAAUGAUAACAGAUAAAUGGAGUUUAUGCACGACGAUUCCAGAUUUUCGAUGAGGAAUAUUUUAAAUUUACAGACAACUGAAAAUUUGCAGAACGGACCCCAGAUUCCGAAUCAGGCUAUGAAUUUUAACGGACAGCACGAAGCUUUAACAUACCAAAGUUCUUGUGACUACCAAUAUCCAUCGAAUUGCUGUCUACCUCCACCAUACGGCUUUCAAAAUGCCCAUACCAACUAUGAAACAGGUCUUCAAAACGUCGGCUAUCGUCAAGAUUUAACAAUCGGCAAUAAAGUUUGCGGCAUGGAGAAACCUCCCGAAACGAAUUAUCUUCCUCUACCAGCUUCAUCACCUCAAACAAUGGUAAAAAAGAAGACUUCUGUUGAUCCAGUCACCAAAAUCGAUCCCGAAGAAUGCCACCUUCUAAGACAGAAGACGAAACGAAAACCUCGUGUUUUAUUCUCUCAAACUCAAGUUUUCGAAUUGGAGAGGAGAUUUAAACAGCAGAAAUACUUGAGUGCUCCCGAAAGAGAUCAGUUAGCUCGACUUCUAAAACUCACUUCUACUCAGGUGAAGAUCUGGUUCCAAAAUAGAAGAUAUAAAAUGAAGAGACAAAAACAAGAUAGAACUUUGGAAUUAUCAGCAAUUCAAUCGCCUAGAAGAGUAGCCGUUCCCUUGAUUGUUAGAGAUGGUAAAACUUGCGUUACACCAUCCAACCCCUAUUCGUCGCACUAUGGUUCAUUUAUGUUUGCGCCAUCUACAGGGUAUUCAGUUCCACCAGCUCAAACAGCGCAGAAUGCAUCCUAUAUGCAGAGUACUAUGCAGAAUGGUAUAAGGGCUUGGUAAUUUAUAUAUAAGUAUCUCUUUGCAAAAAUAGAAAACUUUUACAAACAUUAAUGUUUUUUGUCUCAGUUAAAUGUUAUAUAUUUUAUAAUCUUUGCUUAAAAUAUGCUAUUUUGGUAGUUAUUCUUUUAAUAAAUAUAGGAUUGAAGUUAUUUCAAAUAAGCAUCUCGGUUUUCUAUCUUAAUACAUCUAAAAUAUUCUAUAUUUCUUUUCAUUGUUUCGUGUAAAACGAUAAUAGGUGAUUGUCAGAAGCCACUUGAAUUUUUGAUAUUUUGUAUCAACAAUUCAAUAUUGAUACAUUGUAACACCCUUCUCAUUUUUCAACUAUGAAUUCUAUAUUCUAAUUCUAUUAGUAUUUUGAAUAAUUCUUCGCUCUUUUCGUAUAUUUGUCUUAAGAGAAAUAUGAGAAGGU